AGUGGGUAUGCGGGACCCAGGCCCCAUGCAGUUCAUAUUUUAUGGAUUGAGCACACAGCGAUUCUCGGUACACGGAAAGUGAUAUCAAUACAAGGUAGUAAUGCUUUAGAAAUGACUUAGAUAUAUACAAAAGCUAUGCUUUAUCUCUCAUGAAUAUCUUAUCCUAUCCCCGGGCCCGAGUUGCCACUUGAUAUCAUAUUGUGAUCAAGGGUCUCGGGUGUCAUCAAAGUCUUGCGUCUUGCUUCUACAGAUUAAUCCCAAAACCAACAAAGCAAUGCCCCGCAGUCCACGGCGUUGGACCCCGCAAGAAGACCGCAUAUUGCUUGAGAAGGGCAAGCAGCUACUUUCGGAGGACAAGAAGACUACGGACACGGCAAUCAGCUGGAGCAGCGUCUCAAAAGCCAUCGCGAACCGCAACAACAAAGAUUGCCGCAAGCGGUGGUUCAAGCUGACAGGCGCCAAAAAGGGCUUGUGGGCUGCGAGCGAGGACGAACGAUUGCUAGAGGGCGUGCAGAAAUACGGCAUCCAAUGGGCCCGGGUUGCGAAGACGGUAGAAACCAGAAAUGCGGACCAGUGUGCAAAGCGAUGGCAACACUGCUUAGACCCGUCGCUGGACCGCAGUGAAUGGACAAGUGAGAAGGAUGUCCAAUUGAUUGCUGCAGUAAAACAUUACGGCACAAACUGGAAAGAUAUCAAGAGGUUCGAGUUCCCGAUGCGCUCGACCACGAAUUUGAAGAACAGACACACUGCUCUCCUCAGGCAGAGCAGCAAGACGCCCAGCGUCUAUUCUAACAAAGCCGGGGCACUCCAAGAGCCAAGCAUUGAAUGGCCAUCAAUUCAGCGGGGCAUGCCUGAUCAUAUGACCAUGGAUGGUGGCGAUGACCGUGACUAUCUCGAAAGUGACCACAACCAGAGUCCACCCGGCUCAAACUCGACGUCUUCUCUACAGAGCGAGUCUCCCCUCGAGUGCAAUCUAUCUGGCUCUUUAGUACCAGACAUGACACCAACGUCGGCAAGCUCGAGGCUCUGCCACUUUCCUCUAGACUGGGAGCUUCCCUUGCAUCAAGAGCUUCUCCAGACUGCAGAGAGUGUGGCAAGUAAUGCCUCGUCAAGCAUGCCGCAGAUAAUUUUCACCAUUGACAGUUGUGACCUGCAGACAAUGACGAGUGUGCUCGAGGUUUUGACCAGGGCAAAGAGUAAAGUAACUAUAUCCAUUAAUGCGUAAGUAAAAGGUUGUGGCCUUACUAGCC